AUGACAGCACUCCCUCCACAUGACACAGAGACUGUUUCCUACUCUAUAACUACAACGCGAGCACAGUCGCUUCCAAUGCAGCUCUCCAUGAGCUCCUCGAUGCGGCUCCUCACAUUAUGUGAUUGCGCUGCAAGAAACCAAGAGCAAGAAAAUCGACGUGCGACGAAUGAACGAUGGAAUAUCAUCAUUCGUGGUGAAAAGCUUCCAUCGCAAAACGUUGACGGCGUUGGUUUCGUCGUGCACCCAUCUGUCGUCCAUCUCGUCGAUUCUCACGAGAUUCUGUCUCCUCGCUUUGCCAUCCUACGCCUACGACAUACGCACAUGAAGACCAUCUCUAUCUAA